GCGGUAUCACGUCCAAUGCCGUUGGGUUCCUAGGGUUUUCUCUCAUGUUCGCCUCUCAUGGAUUUCGCCAUGGAUUGUUUCCUCUGCCAGGUAAUAUGAUUUUCUUCUGAAUUGGAGUGGAUGCGCUGGAACCUCUGAUCGACCUCCUCCAACAACGGGUUUUAUCGAGCCGAGUUGGUCUCAGGUGAAGCUUCUAUGGAUUUAAUUGGAGUUAGGCAACCAUGUUAGAUGGUGAGGCGUCCACAUUUGAGGUAGAAGUAGAGUGGAGUAAGAAGUGAGAGAGAGUUGGGGAAACUGCAGUGAUCCCAUAUGAGAAACUCACAUGUUCAGAAACCACUUAUUCAGGGAGAAUCCUUGGAAUUUGGGAGAGCAAGCACUGGCGAAGCCAACAUCCCUCUCAUGCUCUUUGAAGCAGAGAUAUAUGGGUGGAAGAAGGGGGGAUGAAGGAGGGAAGAACAAGGGAGGGGAGAGAAAGGCAUCAAAGCGCCAACGUCUUGACGAAGGUCUAGCAUCCUCUAUCAGUACUCAGAUAACAAAGGGGCCUAUGGAGGUUGAGCCUCAUGAAAGUAAUGGGAGCACAGCUGGGAUAAAGGACAAUGGACUUCAUCUUUAUCCAGUUCCUCUUCAAGCAUCAGGCCAAGGUUUACCAUAUGCUCCUAUAGACUGGCCCUGUCCAGGUGAUGUAUGCAGAUGGAAGGUGGGGAGAAGAGUCACUGGUUCUGGCUAUCAUUUGGAUAGAUACUUGUAUCUUCCAAGCCGUUUCAGUAAAAAGAGUUUUUCAAGCAAGGUUGCCCUUGAACAACACGUCCGAAAGGAAUUCCCUGAUACAGAUAUUGAUAACUUUUUUAGGUCUUUCAGCUGGAGAGUUCUCUUUAAAAAGACAUCUUCUACAAAAGAUCAUGAAGAGGACUGUCCUAGAGAGGUAGCAGCACAAUCCAGGCCUGAUUCCCAGUUGGAAACUGGGGGUUGUAAGGCCGGAAAUAGAUUGUGCAGCAGUUUGGCACUAGCAGCAAGGAACACGCAUUUAGCAAUGAAUUGUGAUAUUUGCUGCACUGAACCUUCGUUCUGUCGAGAUUGUUCUUGUGUUCUGUGCUGCAAGAGUAUUGCCUCAAGCUAUAGUUUCAUUAAAUGUGAAGCACCAGUGAGUGAAGGUUAUAUAUGUGGUCAUGUUGCUCACAUGGACUGUGCUCUCCGAUCUUACCUGGCUGGGACAGUGGGAGGGAGUAUAGGGUUGGAUGCUGAGUACCAUUGCCGGCGUUGUGAUAUGAGGACAGAUCUGGUUUCACAUGUUGCAAGGCUUUUAAAGACCUGUGAAUCAGUUGAUUCUCGUGAUGAUAUUGAGAAGAUUCUAGGUGUUGGCAUUUGCAUCUUACGUGGCUCCCGCAAAGCAAGUGCAAAGAAGUUGCUGAAUCAAAUUGAAUUAGCCAUGACAAAGCUUAAAAGUGGGACUGCUGUUGAAGAUAUUUGGAAAGCGGAAGUUGACACCUUGGCUCUUCCAGCAGGAUCAUUUCAUGGAAAGGAUGCUCUUGAAGUUGCAAAUCCCCAAACCACUCCAGAUGUUCACAUAAUUUCCAACCAGGGGUCUGAAUCUCAAAGACUUGACGAUGAGAUUGAUAAAGUUCUCCAGGCACUGAGAAAAUCACAGGUCUCUGAAUACAAGAUUGCAGAGGAAAGGCUUUAUGCUCAAAAGAGUCAUCUUCUAACUCUGUACAAGCAGCUUGAAGAAGGCAGGUCCCAACUCUCAAGAGGCUUAUCAUCAGCUAGUACAUCUGCCUUACUUGAUGCUAUUGUUAACACAUCAGAUCGGAUAAGACAGGAGGUGAAGAAACUAAGAGACAUGGAAAAAGUGGCCAAGGGUUUUGGAAAAACUCCUAAAGGAAUACUAAAGGAACACUUUACUUUAGAAGUUGAAGAUUGAUGCCAACCCUUGAGCAACCAUGUUUGUUGGCAUUCGUUGGUUGUUUGUGUUAAAUGUUUGUAAAUAUAUUUGUUUUCUUCAUGCAUGGGACUGGUAAUUGGUAUGAGUUUCAAAUAACAGCCAUUUGUAGUCCGAGAGAUAUCAUACACAUGAGAACCUGUAGUUGAAUUUUGUUGUAAUUCACAGCCACCGGUAAAAAUUUUGGUUGAUAGAACUGGUCCUGUGGCAUCCUUAGCUUCGCUUAGCUUAGCUUAAUAUAUUUAUUUUAUACA